AUGGCUCCCGGAAGCACGAUUGGUAUAAGCUACCAGGAUCAGAUCAAGAGCAACUGCCGCAUGUAUCUCGGCCGUGAUGCCAAAAUACACAUCAUCACGGCUUUGGAUGCCGAGCACUCGCCUCCCUGGGCAGGCUACCUGGUGCAAAACGACGCCCGAGGCCAGGUCUGUGUGCUCUCCGCCGAGGGAAACACGGUACAGGAGGUGUUUACAAAGAUGCACAACGAAUCCGCUCGCGCCGUGCAGCGCUACGUCAAGGUCAAUGGGUUCCAGGCCGGCGAGGGCCCCGGGAAGAAGGCCAAGAGCCGGCGGGGGAAGGCCUUCCCAAACUAUGAAGACUGCCUGGAUUCGUCCUCGGAUAGCGACGACGAGGGCAACGUCUCUGACGCCUCGACGAGGUCAACGCGGAGCAGCAUCGUCUCUUCCCAGCCCACGGGUCCGGUUCUCACGCCGCCCACCUCGACGGGCUCGACGACGGCAUCGCCAGAGCGCUUCGCCGCCAGCGCAAGAUCUGUUCCCGUGAUGCAUCUUGUGACACCUACUGUCCCGGUGCCCCCUCCGGGCUGGCCCAAUCGAUGCAACAUGGCGAUGCAUGGUCCUCUUCCUCCUCCUCCGCCGCCGCCACUUGCGGCUCGAGCAUUCCAGCCUGCAUCCAUGGUGCCGCCGCCGCUUUCGUACCUAGGCGGUGCCACGUACCCUGUGAUCCUGACGCUCAAAUCCAAGGCCUACGGCGAGCUCAUGGUUCUGGAUAGGUGUAGCCUGGACUAUGUCGUCAUCGUCACGCGCGCCUGCGAGAUCCUUCUCGACCGGUUCCAUGAAUUCUCCAGGGCCCCCGCCAUUCUGCCUUCCAAGCUGCAGAUUCGACAGAUGCGCCGCGAGAUUGAGAGCGUCACGGUCAAUGGGGAGAAGUAUGUCCUUGGCGGCAGGCAUUUCGAUUUGUCGGCGUUGCCAUUGGGUCCGGCACCCAAGGGUCUGAAGAUUGUGCUUUCGGUGCACGACGGUGCCGGUUGA